CGGUGAGUGCAGGGUCGGGCCUGGUUGCAAUCUUCAGGGGAGCGGAGGCGGGGCCGGCGAAGAGCCGGAGCUGCGCGGGACACUUGGUGCCCCACGCAGCUGCCCGUGGGUAAGGACGGCCCUGCCGGGAGGGAACCGCUAGGGCGGAGCAGCUUCCCCCUCCCCCUGCCGCAAAGGAAGCCGCCGCUACAGCCCGCUCCGCCCCUCCACGUGAGCUCCCUGCCCCGGGUCCCUGCUCUCCGCCUGGCCGCUCCAGAGAGGCGCGGAGCUGGGGAGGGCGCAGCCGACCAGUGUCUAGGUAGCAGCAGCGCUCGGCCCUCGCCUCCUGCCCUGGGGGUGUCUCGGGCUAGACACGGGGCAAGGCCUCCCCCUUCCUCCCGGGACCAUGAGACUCUCCGCGGGGGCUGCCAGCCCUUUGCACGCUGCGGCGCUGCUGCUGCUCGCCGCCGCCUGUCUCUCCGCGUCCGGGACUACAAAUACAUCCAUUCCAACCACAAUCACACAAUCCACUUCAAAUACUUCAGCAAGUGGCAUAAAUGUCACUCGCACGACUACAUUGGGUUCUACCAAAACAACCGCCCCCCAGACCACCACCACCAGCACCACCAACCUGACAACCACCACCAGCACCACCAACCUGACAACUAUAUCAACCACCACCUCAAAACUCACAACAACCAUACAAUCAACAGCCAGUGUCACAGUGACCACUUCCAAGACUAUGUCUCCUUCCAGCUCCGUAACAGCCACGCCCAAAUCUGCAACUGUGCUAGCCAGAACUUCCAGAUUUGAUGUGGGCAGUUUUUUCGGUGGCAUUGUGCUGACACUUGGAAUGUUAGCCAUUCUCUACGUUGGAUGUAAAACAUAUCACUCAAGAAGAGGUGUUCAGUACAGAACCAUUGAUGAACAUGAUGCUAUCAUUUAAAGAUACUUCAGAGAAGACAUGGGGAAAUUCCACCCGAUCACUGCUUUUAGAACAUCUGUUUGAAAAAGUUUUUUUCCUUUCAUAUAGUCCCAGUCUCUAAUUCAUUCAUAGAUCUGAUCCCGCACAGUGUCAAGAUCUUCCCAAGCACCCUGAGCUCCCAUUUAUUUCAAUGGGAGCUGGAGGAAGUUAGUACUUUGAGAAACAUGCCCUGUUGUUGAUGCAAUUAAAAAAAAAAUCCUUUAAAGUUUGUUACCUAAUGAUGAACUGAAAUGCUUUUUAAAAUAAAUGCAUAGAAACUUUGAGAUACCAAAUCAUUACCAUAAUAUACCACGUAACAUUACAAUUGUGAAUACAUUUGAUUAUUGCCUACAUACUCCAUAAAUGUGGAUGGUUCUACGCUGGGUACAACAGGCUGACUUUGCUACUGUUUUGUAUUAAAAUGUAUUUAUUUGUAACUUGAAACUUGAGAUGAACUUUUGUUAAUGAUUUGGGAACCUCAGACUUUGUUUUUUAACAAAAAUAUUUCAGUUCAGUGCUGAUGAAAGUAAAGGGAUGUGAGAUUGUUCCAAUUUAUCAAAUUACAAUUUAUAAUGUUGUAAACUAUCCAGAACAGGAUGAUAGAAAACGUACUUAAAAUAUGGUCUACCGAUGAUCGGUGAUCUGUGAGCAUAUUCCUUGAUGGGUCUGCCCAGAGACUACUGUUCAUAGUGGGGGGGACACAUUUUAAACGUUCUGGUGGUAUGCAGCGGGGUUCAGGGCAGGGCAUAUCAACCCUGGCAGAAAUCUGAGGGGGCACAUGACCCUAUGUGCUUCUUCCACCACAUUGUCUCUGGGUCUGCAGAAUAAAAUAUAGUGAGAAUCAAGCUGUGGGGAACUGGGAAGGGGAGGAGAUACAGUCUAUGCGAGUACUUGUCUCUUAUGAAGUGGUCUAUAAGUUGAAAUGGGCUAGAUAAUCAUUGUAAUAUACAGGUUUUAUUUAGAAUUAAAUUAGUAGUUCAUAUCCAGCAAGUCACAAUGGUAUGAUUGAGAUAAACUGUAUUUUUUUUUUUAAAGGUUUGCCUCCUACUGUGAAUAUGAAGAUUUCCACUGAAAAUUGUUCUAGCUUGAAUGUAAUUUAAAAUCCCUGCUUUGUUUUAUUCGGAAGCUUUAUACAGGGUUUCUAGUAGGAUUUUAGGAAGAGUUGGGAAUAACUCUCCAAAUGCAAAUGGUAAAAUAUAUAUCUAUGCCCUACAUUCUUAGCAUUGUUUGCAGGACCUGGUGCUGCUGUACUAACACAUUAUGAUCUAGUCCAGGGAUGGCCAACCUGUGGCUCCAGAGCCACAUGCAGCUCUUCAGAAGUUAAUAUGCGGCUCCUUGCAUAGGCACCGACUCCGGGGCUGGAGCUACAGGUGCCAACUUUCCAGUGUGCUGUGGGGUACUCACUGCUCAACCACUGGCUGUGCCACAGGCCCUGCACCCAAUCCACCUCUUCCUGUCCCCUCCCCUCAGCCUGCCAUGCCCUCGCUCCCCCCCCCCCCCCCCCAAACUUCUGCAUGCCCCGAAACAGCUGAUUGGGAGGUGCAGGGAGAGAGGGGGAGGUGCUGAUCAGCAGGGCUGCCGGUGGGUGGGAGGCGCUGGGAGCGGGGGUGGGAGCUGAUGGGGGGGGCUGCUGAUGUAUUACUGUGGCUCUUUGCCAAUGUACAUUGGUAAAUUCUGACUCCUUCUCAGGUUGGCCACCCCUGAUCUAGUCAAAAGUCCAUUGAAGUCAAUGAAAAGACUCCCAUUGGGUGAUAUCAAUGGACUUUGAAUCAGAUCUUUAUUUCAUUGGGAGUCAUAUGCAAGAGGCCUGAGACUGAUUUCUAAUUCCCUUCCCGUUUACACUGGUGUAAUUGUAUUGACUUCAGUGGAUGUAGUCCUGAUUUACACUGUUAUAAGAAGAUCCGAGUGAGGCUCAAAGACUACAAAUUUGGAGUUCCUUUAGAUUAUUUCAGCAGCAAUGAGCUAAUGUUCAAUCCCAGUCAGUUUCCCUUUGCAGCUGGCCCUGUAUGGAAAAGUGCCUCUGAUGGAGAGCUGCGUUGAUGAUUACUACUAACUAUAAUUCACCAUCCAAGACACAACCACAUAAAUAUUAGACAGCUAUUGAAAAGUUUGCCCAGGGGCAUUUUUGCAUGCAAGAUGGACAGUACUGUGUCAUGCAGCACUUUGGUGGAAACAGGUCUUAUACCAGUUACUAUUUUGUUUAGAAAUAUUUCACUCUUUUAAGUCUUGCACUUUCAGAGGAUUUUAUUUAAAAAAAAUAAAAAAAAAUCUGUUCUAAACAUAAAAUUCUUUCUGUAUAUGAUAAGACCUAGUCCUGCAAACCCUUCCUGCUGUGGGUAGUCCUUACUCACGCACUCCCUUUGCAAUCAGUACAAUUACUUGUUUGAAUAGUCCCAGGAGAAAGGGUUGGCAGGGCUAUGCCAUUAAAACUUUUUUUUUCUCUUGUUUAAAAAAAAAAAUUGAAAUAUUUUAAGUGUUUGUUAAUUUCACUGUCUUUUUCUUUUUAUAUGUAUAUAUAAAGAGUACAGCUAAACUUUACCAGUUUGCAAAUCAUUGUUCUACAGAAUUUUUUUUGUAGUUACCGAGAGUUUUACUGUAUUAAGUGCUACUCAGUAGAGUUACUGAGAUCCUCUGACCUCUGUUGUGCAGAUGAAUAAUAAAAUGAAAUGUUUGCCUUUA